GUCUCCAUUUCCCAUUUGCUGAAAUCCCCAAGACCCAGGAAGCAUUGAAGAAUGAAAGUAAUCAUGAUGGACAGACAGAGUUAAAAAAGUUUCAGUCACAGUUAAAUUUAUGAUCAUGGUAUGUCAUUCAUCCAUGACAUACUAAAAAGAUCACCAAGAACAAAAGUCACCCCACACCACAGUUAUCAAUGCACCAUCGUCCAACCAAAUGCUUUUACUGCUUUAAGCACCCUCUCCUAGGCAGCACCUUGAAAAAGUUCUUUGCCUCACAUUUCCAUACAUUCACACUUUCACACAGCCUUUUUUCUUUUUUUUUUAUCUUCCUCUGCUAACGCCGAAUGAGCUGAGUUGCUGCUGUGAGUUGCGGAUAAGGUUACAGAAAUCAGUGAAGUUGGUCAGUCCAAUCCUUCUCUUCCACCUUUCCCAAUCAGAGGCCAGUCUUUUCAGUGAUGGCAAAGAUAUAGUCAUACUUUAUAGUUGAAAGUUGGUUAAAAAAAAAAAGGGUUUACACCUGUAGACUCUUCAAUGCAACGCAUAGUGUGUAUAAAAGCAAUAAUCCCCAGAUGAACAAAUUUCUCGACUCUCAAAACUGACUAAGUUUCCAUAGGAGGAAAAUAUGCUCUGAUAGGACUUGGUUCCUGGAUUUGCUCAAUGCCUCAAUACCCUCCUCUCUACCACUUUUCUGUGGGUGCCAACUGCCAAAGCCAAACCCACCUUUGCAGAAACCAUUUGGAGGGUACUAUUUUGAGGGGGUCUUGAAAUCUGUGAUCUUCUUUGGAGCUAUUCAGACAGAGGGGAGAAAAGGGUGUUUUGCUUCUCUUCCAUUGUCCUGGUUGGUUUUUGGGGUUAAGCAAAGUACCCAUUGGUGAUAUCUUUGAAAAAGGCUCUGGUUCUUUUGGAGGGUAUUGAAACAAAGGCAAGCAAAGUCAUGGCAGAUUGGCAUGGUAUCAUGAGCAAUAACACUGGUGGUUGCAGUCGGAGAUCAAUGAGAGAUGAAGAUUUUGACGAAGAAGAAGUCUGGUCUUGUGUGAAGGAGAAGGAAGAUUCGAGUUCCACACCAAGGAAACCUAGGGAGUCCUCAAGUUCUUCCUCUGCAUGGCGCCUUCCAAGCGCACCAAGAAUGAUCCGAAGGGUUGGCAACUCAGCAAGCAAUGAAAACAAGGUGGCUCAGCAAUCAUCAGCUCCUGUGAACAUCCCUGAUUGGUCCGAGAUAUAUGGCAAGCAUGCAAAUAUGGAAUCAUCAAGAAACGGGUCAUGGGUUGAUAAUGGGGGUGGCAUGGUUUAUGGUGAUGGAGAUUACGGUGGUUGUGGGGAGGAUUAUGAAGAUGAUGAUAUGGUCCCUCCACAUGAAUGGCUAGCUAGGAAGCUUGCAAGGAGUCAAAUUUCUUCUUUCUCCGUUUGUGAAGGGAUGGGAAGGACGCUUAAAGGUAGAGAUCUCAGCAAAGUGAGGAAUGCAGUUUUGACAAAAACAGGUUUCCUCGAGUAAUGGGAUAGUACCAUCAUCAGUUCAACAUCCAAAUCAUCAUCUUCAUUGCAUAUUACACAACCCCAUCAUAUUAUGCCAUCACCAAUCAUCAUCAGCAGCAGCAGCAACCACCAUGAUCAACAUCAUGUUCAUCUUCAUUUGUUCUUUAGGUCCCAUAUGUUACCUUUCUGCUUUUAUGAACUUUUGCUCAUGUUAUGUUGUAGGAUGUCAUGAACUUGGAACUAGAAAACAGAGUCGUAAAACAAGUCGGAGCUGCUUUUUUGUUUCAAGAAGAGAAGGAAAAAGGAAAAAAACAGUUGGCAGCCUCUGAGAUUUUGUCUGGUAGUGGAGUAGGAUUUGUGUUUUGGGUAUAGUUGGAGUCCACCUUUAACAGCAAAGAGAAUUAGUUAAUCAUCUUUUAUAAGUCUUCUUUUGGCUGCUCUUUCAUUUAUCAUCAAAUUUUAAAUCAUUACAGUUGUUCUUUUUCUCUAUGAUUCAAGUAGUAAUUGAGUUAAUAAUUCUCUCCCUUUCAUGAACCUGUUGCUUUUCCUUUCAUGAACUGUUUCUCUAUUACCCACCACACGUUGGGUGCUUGAGGCUGUACUUUCCUUUCUCACUAGUCUUUUACUGCUGCUUUACUGCUUCAUGAUUUAUCUUCAAUGUUUUUACAGCAUAAUGUGUAUGAAUUGACCCUGUCUUUGGUAGUGCUUUGCUGCUAAAGAUAAAAAGCUGGGAAAAAGCAAUGGUGGUUUAAUCUCAAAUGAAUCCCAAGUAUUGCCACUUGGUGUAAUUCUCAAUUCUUUCUUUAUGUUCUUCAUCAUUAGCUCUUCACUCACUCCCUUGUUCUUGUUGCUUCAACCCCAGAGUUUAUGUUUCCCUCAGAAAAAGAUGGAAAGAAAAAUCUAAAAGUGAUGCAAUGGCAUAAGGACAUUGAGAUGCAUCGGCAGCACACAAUUCCAUUUCCAUCAGAAUCAAGAGGGGGGGCCACCACUAUACACAAAGAUUGGAGAAGAGAAUCGUCUUGCUGCUUCUGGUUGGACAGAUUCUUGAUCAACUAGUAUCUAUAUCUAGAACAAACCCACAUCUUGAUUCAAAGAUCGUAUUCUUGCAUCUCCACAACUUGGUUUUUUGGCUUCUACCCUUUUGCCGACAGGAAUCCAAUGAGUUUCUUUUCUACCCUCAAAAAUUCUGCCACUAGUUUCACUUCUAGGUACUGACUUACCAGCCUUUUAUCUCAAUUGUUCAAAGGACCACUCCCAACUCUUUCUCUGCUUGCUAUCAUCCCCACAAAAGGUGUCAUAAGCCAUAAGUGGUUCUCCCAUUCAAAUGGACAGAAAAAAGCAAUAAUCUGGUUCUAACUUGCCAUGCAUGUUUGAUUUAUUCCUUUGAGCUUGUUGCAUUAGUUUCAGUUUGCUCUCAUUUGUUUC